UAAAAAUAAAAAAUAUAUAAAGAAUUUAUAACCUCUGAAGCGAUUUUCAUGCAUUAUAUAUUUUAUAUUAAUAUAUAGUACCAAAAAUUACUCUCGGAUAGAGCCUGCGAGAAAAUGAGCUCUCCAGCUUGGGAAUAGCUUCAAAGUUAGGAAUCAGUUGUCCAACCAAACGGACAGAGCCGAAAUUGAAGCCAAAUCAGAUGAGUAGAAGGAAUGAAAUAUUUGUACAAAUUAUCUUCCAAAAUGAAGACAAAUAUCAAUAAUGGAUUCACCCUUGAAUAGACGUGCAAGUAUAAUAUGUGUAAGCAAAUAAGGAUAUUGCCGAAGAAGUUACGCAAAUUAAUAUUUUUUCUUGGAGCUCAAGUGCUCGCCAAAGAUUUUUAUAAUUGAACACAAGUUCUAUUAGUGGGUUCAAUAAAUUACUAUGAGCGGCGGUGGAGUUGGCAGUGACUCUGCAGCGUCAAGUGGUCCGCGAGUGGUACAUAUCUAUAAAACAGAAACAGGCUUUGGCUUCAAUGUGCGUGGACAAGUUUCCGAAGGUGGGCAACUUCGUUCAAUAAACGGAGAAUUAUAUGCCCCCUUACAACAUGUAAGUGCUGUUUUAGAAAAUGGAGCGGCAGAAAAGGCAGGAAUUAAAAAAGGGGAUCGAAUAUUGGAAGUGAAUGGUGUUAGCGUUGAAGGGGCUACGCAUAAACAAGUUGUGGACUUGAUUAAAUCGGGCGGUGAUUGCCUGACUCUAACUGUUAUUUCAGUAACACAACAAGAAGCGGAGAGACUUGAGCCUCAGGAGGAUCAGAGUGGCUACUCGUACAUUGACUAUUCCGAUAAACGAUCUUUGCCCAUUAGUAUACCGGAUUACAGCAUUGUGAACCGUAAUGGAGAGCGUUAUAUCGUAUUUAAUAUCCAUAUGGCUGGGCGUCAAUUGUGCUCUCGCCGUUAUCGCGAGUUCGCUAAUCUUCAUUCGAUAUUACGUAAGGAGUUUGCUGGAUUUAAUUUCCCUAAACUACCUGGAAAAUGGCCAUUCCAAUUGAGUGAGCAGCAAUUGGACACACGACGACGAGGUCUUGAGCAGUACUUGGAAAAGGUGUGCGCCGUACGCGUGAUUGCUGAAAGUGAUGCGGUUCAAGAUUUUCUUACUGACUCGGAAGAUGACAUAUCUGCCUCACCGGUGGAUAUAAAAGUAAUGCUGCCUGAUCAUGAAGUCUCGACGGUGUCGGUCCGAAAAUCGGCAAAUGCGCAGGUAGUGUGGGAACUUCUGGUUCAACGUGCCAAUUUAACAUCUUAUACCCAACAAUACUUUUAUCUCUUCGAAAUUGUCGAGUAUAAUUUCGAGAGAAAACUGCAACCACAUGAGAUUCCACAUCAGUUGUAUGUGCAGAAUUACAGUACUGCCUCCAGCACUUGUCUUUGUGUCCGUAGAUGGUUGUUCUCGGUGAAUAGAGAGCUUGGCUUGCCAGAUGGCGAACAAGCAGCAAAGUUCAUUUUCUAUCAGGCGGUAGACGAAGUCAAUCGAGGAUAUAUACGCGCUGAAGGGCGCCUUUACGAGCUGAAGGCCUUACAGGAUGCAAAGAAGGCAUCGGAAUAUUUGGCAUUGGCGCGCACGCUUCCCGGUUAUGGUGAUGUUGUAUUUCCACAUUGUUCCUGUGAUAGUCGUAAAGAAGGGCAUGUUGUACCAGCUGUUGGUAUAAAAAGUUUCCGAUUACACGCUUGUCGGGAAGAUGGUUCCUUAGAAGCGCAAAUGGUCGAAUUAACAUGGGAAAGCAUAACGCGAUGGGAGAGCGACGAAGAGUCCAUGUCUUUCUGCUUUCAAUACAAUCGUCCGGAGAAACCGGCGCGUUGGGUGAAAGUAUACACGCCAUAUCAUUCGUUUCUAGCAGACUGUUUUGAUCGAAUAAUGGAGGAACGCAAAUGGGAGGACAGUGGUGAUUAACAUAACAGCGUUCAUAACGCUUGAGCGUGGGCUUCGCUUUAUAAUAGUUUUAUAACCACUUAAAGUUUUCUUUUAUUUCAUUCAUUAUUUCCGAGCAAAUUUUAAUAGUCUACAUUAACUAACAUCUUCAUAAAUAAAGACACCAUUAUUGUUUAUCUUCCUUCUACUGAUCCUCUCGUAAAAUAUUACUUGACUUAGAAAUUGAGUCUUCUUUCAUUUUACGCCAACUUGUUUUACUACAAAACCCACGCAAUAUCUCAAAAUUAAAAAGUAGUACUAAAAACAGCUACAUUGAGUUAUAAUUAAGAAUACUUGAAUAUUACAUGCUUUACAUCAUUUAUACCUACAAUAUUUUAUAUAACUAAGUAAACAAACAAAAAAAAAAUUCAGAUACAAUAAUUCAUAUAUUCAUGGACACAUACGAGAUAUGAUGCUUGCACAUAAUCAUUUCUAAUGCUAUCGAAUGGGCAUUUGCACACCAAGAUCAAAUUAAAUUGCUUCUAAAAUCAAGUCAUUUUAAAUAAUCUAAGAUGUUUAAAGAAGUUAAUGUUAAAAUUGUUGUCAAUUUAUAAUAAACAAGCUAAAUUAAUGGGUAGUGAAAUAAAAUGUUAAACAAAUAUCUUAAAUUGGCAAUGCUAUUAAUGAGAAUCUACGUAUGUACUCGUAUGUACUCGUAUGUACAUACAUAUAAAUAAGUAAAUAAUGAUUAUUGAUUGAGUAAAAAAAAUCAAUAACAGCUAAAUGUAUUUUUAAGAUUAUCUAUUAAAGAGUUUAUAAAUCAAAUCUCUCUAAAAUGUGUUGAAAAUAUUCAUAAAGCUAUAAUCACUUGUCACAAAUUGUUAGAAAACAAAUAUAAAUGCAAUGAAAACUAUUUUUUAGCAUUGUCCACAAGUAGACCAAAAAAGAAAGAAAUGAAAGUAGAAUCUGAAAUGAAAUCUAUUUAUAGUAAUUAGAAAUAUAAUUCUAAAGCAGAGUUUCUCGUGAAUUAAAUUUAAGUCGUAAAACGAAACACCUUAAAUCCAAAAAAAAGCGUUUUUAAACGCAUAUUGUAUGUAAAAGCGCCGUUGAUUCUAAAAUAAUUGCGCGACAAAGAAUGCCAACAAACGCAAAAAAAAAACGCUUACAAUGUAGCGCAAGCAAAAAAUGUUUCUUAUUAUUUGCAUAUAAGCUCGGCUGUUGUAAAGAAUAGAAAAGAUUUGUUUAAAAAUAAGUUUUUUUUAGGAUCACAUUUAUUUAGGACAUGCUAUGUUAAUUAUUAUAUUUAUAGUGACACAUUCGUUCCGGCUCUAACAUUCCUUAAGAACGCUAAAUGAGUAUUUUUUAUUGAUAUCACUGCAUAAGUGCAUAGGAUUAUACAAUAAACAAGACAUCAACUGUACAGCAUAGUGAAGACUUUACAACUCAUACUUUUGAACUCGAAAGCAUGUGGUGUGUUGAAAAGUGUGUUUUGUCUAAUUGCGCCAUCCUUUCAAAAUAUGCUACCUUAUAAUACUAUGAUAGAAAUUUGUUGAUGCAAUGAAUAAUUAUGAAAUACAUUUUAUGCUUAUAUAUUUGAAAUAUUUUUGGCUUACAUCAAAUUCCAUUAAUUGCUAUGAAAAAAUACACAAGUAUGUAAUGGCAAUAAAGAUUGUGGUCAAAAAA